UGUGUUUUAUUUGCCAAUUAUUAAAACACGUAACAGAUGAGAAUGUAACAGAGGAGCUUUCGACGAUGAAAUGUACACCAGCGCACGAUAGUGACAAAUGCAGCAUCCUGGAUAAAGAGAUGAAGCUGCUACAGCAGAAUCUCAGCGUCACCGUUAAGAACAUGACACACCUGCAGGAACAAAACAAGCAGCUGCAGAAAGAUUAUGUGACAUUACAGGACAUGAAGAAUAAGUUGAUCAGUGAGAAGAAUAAUUAUCAGCAACAAUGCAGCAGUUUGCAAAAGGAUAAGGAUGAAAUACAAGAAAACUAUGAUGCUCUGUUAAGUAAAUUACCCCUCGUCCAGAAUUACUGUCACCCCACAGAAAAAGGGCGAGUCUGUGAUCCCUGUCCUCAAGACUGGAAGGAGCACAACACCAAGUGUUACUAUUUCUCUACAAGCGUAGCGACCUGGAGUGAAAGUCAGAAUAACUGCAGGAAGCAGGCGGCUCACUUGGUGACUGUAAACAGCGAAGAGGAGCAGGACUUCAUUACCAAAGAGAGAAGCAGCAGUUACUGGAUUGGACUGACUGACAGUGCAAAGGAGGGAGUUUGGCGCUGGGUGGACGACACUGAUCUGAAGCAGACAUUCUGGUUAUUUGGGGAGCCAGACAAUAAGGACCAGCAGUCAGCAGGCAAAACAGCAAACUGUGUCAUUAAUAGCAACAUGUGGAUGGAUGAACCCUGUGAUGAUCAGUAUCAAUGGAUCUGUGAGACUCAGACUCUUAUCCCCAAACCACUUCAUAUCUGAUUAAUCAUUUACUUUGAAGAAUAUAAAGACAUUUGUUUUUUCUCUUUUUCAUAUUCACCUGCAAAUUUAUUGAGUCCAUGCUUGUAAAUAUGUAGAAUAAUAAUAUUCUCCACCUGUUAACUGUGAUUGGACAGGUAUCUGAUAUACAACCAUCAACGGUAAUACACUUGGUAAUAUGUGAUGCAUCAACAUAUUACACUUCUGCUUAUGAGAGCUGCAUAACAUCAUGUCACACAGCAAUGGCAACUGAGUCCAUAAUGACUAGAUAUUUGCUUUAAGCUCUCAUGUAAAUAACCCAAUGUGCUUCAAAUGAAUGACGUCCGUAACAAUUCUGCAAUGUAUGUUGACAGUAUUAUUGUAAAAUCAAUUUAAAAAGCUCUUCAUAUUUUUAUAGAAAAACUUAUUUACCUACUUUAAAUCUGAAUACGUUCUCUAAAAAUUGUAUUCUAUAUUAGUAUUUAUUAUUUCAAUUUACUACUGAAUU